CGAGCGCUAGUGUCGGCUUGGGUUGUUGUUUCCCAUCCGCCAUUUUCCAGUCGCCAUUGAAAGGUGAAAACUUCACUAAAUGUCGGUGAUGAUUUUAAGAUUUUGAGUGGUUUCUUUAAGUUUGAACCUGUUAUUAGUGUUGUGAUAUGAAAAUGAAGUGCCCUGGACUACCAUGACGCAUCAAAAUCACCAAACAAACGGUGCUAGUCUCGAGGAUUGCCACACAAACUUCUUUGCCUUGACUGAACUCCACGGCAUAAAAUGGCGUAAGCUGGUAUGGGGCGAGACGAGCGGCGGCGGGGACGGCGAGGACGGCGCGGCGCCGCUCGCCGACCCGGUGAUCAGCAGCUAUGCGCGCUGCCUCGCCGGCGACAUCCUGUGUGUGUGGCGGCGCGUGCCGGCCCCGCAGCCGCUCGACUUCGACAUGGCCAUGCCCGCGCCGCCGCCGCUCUCGCUGCGCGCCUCCAAGGAGCUCUGGAUCUUCUGGUACGGCGAAGAGCCGGAUCUCAACGGCCUCGUCGCGCCCGAACUCAUGGAGAGCCAGGGCGACCAGGGGUCUUGGGAGAGCGGACUGUCGUACGAGUGCCGUUCGUUGCUUUUCAAGGCGCUGCAUAAUCUCAUUGAGAGAUGUCUGCUGUCGCGGGACUUCGUGCGACUUGGCAAGUGGUUCGUGCAGCCGUACGAUGGCGACGAAGAGGACGUCGGCAAGAGCAGCCCGUGGCACCUGUCGUUCUCGUUCGCGUUCUUCCUGCACGGCGAGAGCACGGUGUGCGCGUCGGUGGACGUGCGCCAGCACCCGCCCGUGCGCACGCUCACCGCCAAGCGGCGCGCGCGCCUGCACGCGCCGCCGCCGCACGCGCACCCCGACAACAAGGUGAUCUUGGCGCCGUUCGGUCUGGAGGGGCGCGUGACCGGCCGCGAGUGGAGCGACUCGGAGCCGGCCACCGCGCGCCUGCUCGACGCGUGGCGCCAGCUCUACCCGCUCGAGCAGGCCUGCGGCGCUGUUGAGGUGGAAUGCGGCGGCGUGCGCAUGCGCUACCCGGUGCCGUACGUGCUGGUGACGGAGAUGGAGGCGGGCAGCGGCGCCGCGCCGCCCGCGCGCUCGCUCGCCGCGCGCACGCUGCGCUCGCUCACCACGCCCGCGCCGCACCAGACCGCAGAGGCCUGCUACGCGGACGCGGCGGGCGAGUCGGGCGAGGACUUCGUGGAGCCGACGCGCAAGGCGCCCUGCUCCUGCGCCAAAGCGAGCGGGUGCGGCGGCGCGAACGGGCGCGGCACGUGUUCGCCGGCGAGCUGCGGGGGCGCCUCCCCCGCCGCGCCGGGCUCCGCCCCCUCGCCUCACCACACCGCCAUACCUUCCCACCAGGGCCCCAACGUGCCGACGACGCUGCACACGCCGGCGCCGACGCCCGACCCGCUGGCGCCGCCCACGCCCGCGCCGCCCUCGCACCACCACCACAAGUUGUAUGCGCAGGGCGAGUCGCCGCCGCACGGGGGCGCGUGCGGGGCGGGCGCGCUGGGCGCGCUGGGCGCGGCGGGCGCGUGCGCGUCGCCGGCCGGCGGGCUGCUGGGCGGGCUGGGCGGCGCGGGCGGCGGCGCGGCGCCCGGCCCGCCCGCGCCGCUGCCGCGCCGCCCGCUGCUGCCCGCCGCCGAGAAGCGGCUCGACCCGCUCGAGGACGAGCACGAGCUGCACAUGCUGUACGACUACAGCACCGUGCACGCAUGGCUCGAGCACCCCGUGAAGCGCUUCAAGAGCGAGGAGAACACGUUCCGCGAGGAGCUGGCGCUGGGCGCGAGCGGCGGCGACCUGUACGCGGGGCAGGAGUACACGCGCCCGCCCGAUUGCGCGCUCGCCGACCGCGUCGACGUCAAGCACGAGAAGCUGGAGCCGGAGGACAUAAAAGACUACAAAAACCUAUUUAGAUCGGACGGUUUGUGCCCGACGUUCAAAGACCUAGAGCAGAUAUUCGAUAACUCGGACGAUGCGGCCAGCGGCGAUGAGACGUUGCAAGUGCAGACGCCGCCCGACUCGAACAAGUCGUCGGAAGUGCGAUGCGUACGCGCCGAGGAGUUGAGCAAGAUGUUCCCGACGCCGCCCAGCAUGGAGGCGCACGCGCAGCCCUCGCCCGGCUUCUGCCCGCCCGACGAGCCGCCCACCAGCGCGCUCACCCGCCACGGCAGCCCGCCCAGGGACCCCAUUGAGGACUGGUCGUACGUGUUCAAGCCGGCGACGGUGUACAAGUACGUGGGCUCGUCGAAGUACGCGCCGCUGAGCGCGCUGCCGAGCCAGCUGCUGCCGCCCGUGGCGCUGCCGCCGCACGCCGUGUACCGCCCGCGCUGGCAGCACGACCGCGACCACGAGCACGCCUGCGCCGAUGACGCAGGUGCCAACGCAAGCAACACGACGACAACGAGCACGGGCGGUGUGAAGCGCAGCAUGUCGACCGGCGCCCCGCGCACCCCCGCGGGCGGUGCGGGCGGCGCGGCGGCGCGGGGCGCGGGCGGCGCGGGCGCGGCGGGGCCGGCCGCCGGCUCGCCGCGCCGAGCCGCGCCCCCCUCCCCCGCCUCGCCGCGCGCCCCCGCGCCCGCCUGCCCGCUGCUGCUCAACGUACUGCUGGCCGACACCGUGCUCAACGUGUUCAGAGAUCACAACUUCGACAGUUGCACGCUGUGCGUCUGCAACGCGGGGGGAAGGAGUGUGGGCAACAUCCGCGGCGCGGACGCGUCCACGUACCUGCCGGGCGUGGAGUGGGGCGGCGGCGCGGAGGACGAGCCGGCGCACUGCUCCUGCGGCUUUAGCGCCGUCGUCAACCGCCGCCUGGCGCAUCGCGCCGGACUCUUCUACGAGGACGAGAUGGAGAUAACCGGCGUGGCGGAAGAGCCGCGGGUGCGGGGCGGCGGCGCGGGGGGUGCGGGGGGCGCGGGCGGCGGGCUGGGCGACGUGGCCGGCGUGCUGGUGGCGCAGUGCGCGGCGCCCGCCGGCGGCAGCGCGUCGGCGCUCGCGCGCGCCGCCCGCCGCGCCGCCGGCAAGCACGCGCCGCCGCACGACGACCACCGGCUCAACCUGCUCGAAUACUCUGACGGCGGCGCGGCAGCAAUAUGCGCGCUGCGCGCUGCGGCGGGCGGUGCGCUCGCGCAGCCCAAGGCCACCAACGGCAUCACCUCCGGCGCCGUGCACCGCUGGCCAUUCAUCGGUGCGCGGGCGCCGCGCUCCUCUAGGGACGUUGUCAGACUGAUGCGGCGGCUGCGGCCGCUGCUGCAGGACGCGAUCCAGAAGCGGUGCGCGGGCGCGCGCAUGUGGGACGGCGUGACGGGCCCGCUCACGUGGCGGCAGUUCCACCUGCUGGCCGGCCGCGGCAACGAGGACCGCUGCGAGCCGCAGCCCGUGCCGCCGCUGCUGGUCGGCUACGACCGCGACUGGCUCUCGCUCUCGCCCUACGCGCUGCGCCACUGGGAGCGGCUCGCGCUCGAGCCCUACUCCUAUAGCCGCGACGUGGCGUACGUGGUGCUGGCGGCGGACGGCGAGGCGCUGUCGGAGCCGCUGCGCGCGUUCUUCCGCGAGCUGUCCGCCGCGUACGAGGCGUGCCGGCUCGGCCGACACCAGCCCAUCUCGAGGAUCGCGCGCGACGGCAUCGUCCGGACCGCGCCCGCCGACGUCGACCGCGAUACGAACUGCGAGGAGUGGACGGGCGAGCUUCCGCCGGGCCGGCUGGGCGAGUACGUGCGCGCGUACGCCGACACCAUGCGCGCCAACCUCGUGCCGCAGCUGGCCGCGCUCAGCGUGGACAAGACCCUAUUCGAAUCCAACAACAACACGGGAGCGAUGCGACCGCCCGCCGCGCCGGACCGGCCGGACACGCCGAGCGGCGCGGGCGCAGGCGGCGCGGGCGGCGCGAGCGGUGCAGGCGGCGCGGGCGCGGGCAGUGCGGGCGAGCACGAGGAGGCGGGCGCGGGCGGCGCGAGCGGCGCGGGCGCGCUGGGCGCCGCGUGGGAGGAGGACGAGGGCGGCCCGCCCGCGCUCGUGCUCUACGUCGUGGAGCCGCCCGCCGCGCACGCGCACCGCCCGCGCGCGCUGCACGCGCUACUGCGCCUCGUCGCGCAGGCCUACAACCACCUGCACCACCACAACCCGCUUAUUAAGCUGAUCUCGCUGGAGGGCGUGUGCGAGACGUGGUGCGGCGCGGGCGGCGGCGGCGCGGGGCUGGGCGCCGAGCUGCGCGCGCUCGCCUUCAGCGUGUUCGCGGGCACGCGCCGCCUGCUCGCGCACGCGCCCAACGGCAAGUCGCUCACCGGCUUCGGCACCGCCGCCAACGCGAACCUCUUCCUCUCAUCCAAGGACGAGAAGAACCGCGCCGCGUACCGGCUGUUCUCGCCGGCGUGGGUGCUGGCGCCGCCGCGCGCGCCCAAGGAGGUGGCGGAGACGUGGGGGCAGGCGGGCGGCGAGCACGGCGCCGUGCUGUACGUGGCCUACUGCCUGUCGCACGACCAGCGCCACCUGCUCGCCGCCGCCACCGACGCGCGCGGCGAGCUGCUCGACACCGCCGCCAUCAACAUACACGUGCCCGCCAGAUCGCGACGGAAACGUGGCGGACCGGCGCGGCGGCUGGGGCUGACGAAGCUGAUGGACUUCACGCUGGGCGUCAUGUCGCAGUCGGCGCAGCCCUGGCGCCUCGUCGUCGGCCGAGUCGGCCGCAUCGGUCACGGGGAGCUCAAAGGCUGGAGCUGGCUGCUGUCGCGGCCGAACCUGAACCGCGCGUCGAACACGCUGCGCGAGAUGUGCGGCAGCUGCUCGCUGCUGUACCCGAGCGGCGCGCCGUGCAUCCUGUCGGCGUGCCUCGUGUCCACCGAGCCGGACUCGUGCCUGCGCCUCAUGGCCGACCGCUUCACGCCCGACGAGCGCUUCUCCAAGGCCUCCAUACAGUCGCACCUGCACACGCCGCGCGACGUCACCGCCACGCACAUACUCGUCUUUCCGACUUCGGCCACUACGCAGUCAAACCAAAUGCCGUACGAGCAGCCGACGGCGAACGGCGAGGAGAACGAGCUGCUGCUCGGGCUGGAGAUGGUCGACGAGGAGAUGGGCGAGGUGCAGAUGACGGACCUGCUGAUCGGCGACAUGUUCACGUGCUGGCAGGGCAGCCCGCGCGCCUCGCCGCGCCGCGACGACGAGACCAGCCGCGACGGGUCGCCGCAGCGCCUGCACCCCGCCGCCGCGCCCGGCCACUACCCGCGCGAGGACGACCACCAGCCGGAGCAAGUGGGCACGGUGCUGCAGCAGCCGCUGGCGCUAGGCUACCUGGUGUCGACGGCGCCGCUGGGCGCGAUGCCGGGCUGGUGGUGGGCGGGCUGCGCGCACCUGCGCGACGCGUGCCCCGCCUUCCUCAAGAACGCGCUCCACCUGCAGUGCAGCGCGCCGCCGCACGACGACUACGUGGCCAUCACGCAGCGCCGCGACCACAACGCGCACCCGCUCGACUCCACCACCACCACCGAUGUGCUCAGAUAUGUCCUGGAGGGCUACAACGCGCUGUCCUGGCUCGCGCUGGACGGCACGACGCACGACCGCGUGUCGUGCCUGCCGCUGCACGUGCAGGUGCUCAUGCAGCUAUACCACACGGCCGCCGCGCUCGGCUGAGCGAUGUGAUAGUGUACCUGGAUAUGUAUUUAAAAUGCUUUGUGUUUGUGAAGUGUUUCAAGCAAUCGGAGAUCUUUCAAGUGUUUACGUCGUCUGCAGAGUGUUUAAUGUGAAGUGUGAAAUCGGUAGAGAGCAGAGAAGGUAAUCUUCAGUGUGACAUCGACAUAGAAAGGGCAUUGUGGAAGUCAUUUUGACUAUAAUAUAUUGAAUGUAGAAGUACAAUAAUGGUAAUCAAGGGAGUAGAGGGAAAACCACCGAUCAGCACAUUUCCUUAUGAGUUCUGAGCCUGGGCUGAUACAGCGCCUUUUUAGUGCAAAAUUGAUUUUAAAUUAAAAGGAGUAGACUUUGAUCGUUUAUUUGUACUGCCACAUGUCUAGUGAAGAAAAACAUUAGUGGAUGUAAUGACACAUUCAUUAUCAGGAUCUUGGCCACAGCCAGGCCUGAUUUUUAGUCACUUUGUGUACUGCCUUUUGAAAAAACAUGAUACAAUGUGUCUGUAUGUGCAUCCAUUAAUAUAGUUUACUAAUUACUAAAAGUUGGUACAAAUUUCUAAAACCUGUUUUAUAUGUGUGCAUUAAUUGACAAGUCAAGUUAAAAUGUGUUUAAAAUCCACUUAUUUUAUUCCAUUGUUUAUAUAUUGUGCCAAUUGAAUUAAUUUGUCUUCAAGUAAAAACCAUAUACAGCCUUAUUUCUUGUUGACUAUAUAAUAUUAUUAUGUAUGUUAUAUUUCUUAUACACGAGAUAAAUUUUUGAUAAACCAAAUAUGGCGAGAUAUCGCGCACAAAUUGAGAAAAAAAUUGGUAAAAUAUGUUAAAAAAAUGAAGGUAUACUAGGUUGUUCUAGUAACUAAUCUCUCGGAGGUCCAAUUUGGCUCAUAAAUGUCAUUCAUUGUAGAUGCAACAUAGCUCAUGUUAGUAGUGUUAGGGCAAUCGAUUUUUUGACUUGAGUAUUUCAAUGACUCUUCCAUAAAUGUCUUUCUGAACACAUUCUUCCGUUGUCUCACUCUCUCUCCUUUCUUUUUAUAAUAGAGAUAUAUAUAUAUAUAUACCUCAUUUUACAUGUCAACUUUGACUCAAUCCAGAUAGGAAUAUAAUCUUUGAAUGCUUUUUAGGAAUGUAUUAUAAAUUGAAUUAUCUUAUUUAUAUGUAUAUUAUGUUGUGUAUAUAAAGUAUUCUAAUUACUAGCUUUUCACUGAAUAAUAAUUUUUAAUAUUGUCUAGAGUUUUCCACUCAACUUCAGAAAAUAGUAUUCUUAAUUAUGAUAUUUCCUCCUUGUCAGAUUUCUCUUAAGUGAAAGUGUAGUUAUCACAAGCUCUGUGGAACAUGUCGUAAUGUUAAUGUGUUGUUAUAUUGUACUGUGUAUACAUAUUUAUAAAAGUUUAUUUUACAAACCGGUAUCAAUUACCAAAGCGUUAGAUAUUUCGUUUUUAGGAAUUUUAGAUAUUUUUUAUAACAUUUUAAAAAGAUUCGCAUCACAGGGUUUUUGAUUAAUUUCAACAUUGAUGUCAAAAUUAUUUGUUUUUUUUUUAUUUCUUUUAAUUGACAUGAAAAUUAUUUUUGUAUGUAAUUUAUUGUUUUGAACAAUGUAAUAGUAUUUUUUUUUCCAGUUCAUAGUAAAUUGUAGUAUUAUUAGAUACAGUUACAAGCUAUAGACCAAUGUUUUUGGGUCACAUCCAUUUUUACAACCAGGGAGCAAAUGGCAAUUUUUCAAAAACAUUAUAUAAAAGAUUUUUACUAGGAAAAUUUUUGCUAUAACUAUACAUAGCCGACUGCCAAGCGUAGCGAACAUAAGUGGAUGAACAUUUACAGAAUGCCGGCAACACUGAUAUCUUAUGUACUUGUACCUCUUAAUUUCAGAAGUAAUUAGUAACACCAAUAGUUAGUCAUAUAUAUAGAUAAUAACAAAGUUAGGGGUCACAUUUGAAUUAGCAUUUGUAUAUUUAGAAGUCGUUUUAUAUAAAAAAAUAUUUAAAUAUAAUUGAAUAUGGAAGGAAAAUGUUGCUUCGUCGAAUCUCGGGCAGUUUGGUAGUUAUAUGAAAUUUUCUAUUUUAAUAUAUUAUAAUGUUAAAGUCAAUAUUGUAGAUGGUGUGCAGUUGUUAUAUAUGUAUGUGGACCGCGUGAUGUCGAUUAUGUUAAAGAACUUAGAUCAUUGUUUUGAAUAGUUUUAUCUAUAAUCAUAAUCAGCUCUUGACAAAAACAUAAAAAUGUAUAAGUAAAUUUUUUUGCCAAUUAUUUAUGUUCCCCUUUUCAAAUAAUCAGAAAUAUCAGCUGCGUGUGCUGAUACUAGACAAAUUGUACAGUAUGAUGUGGCGCUACGCCAGUUAUACAUAAUUUAUUUAAUUGUAACGUCGGCUCGACCGCCACUUAAUUGAAUUAUGCCUAGUUGAAUAUGUAUGAAAUGUUUUAAAUGUGUUACAGCAUUUGAGAAUAUUUAAUGAUGUUGUAUAUAGUUUAUAUUUUGUUUUGUAAAAGAACAUUUUGUAAAUAGGUGACGUAGAGAAGUUCCGUUAAUUAUUCGCCCACUUUGCCAUUGUGUAAUGGAGCACAUUUUAAAGAAACCACUCGUAAUAUUUUGUACAGUUGUUAAGCGAGAUUCGUAGUUGAAUGAAUUAUUUUUAAGAUUUCUGUUUUUGACCUUUUUUGUUAUUGUGAAUUGUCAAUUUUUUUAGGGAAUUGGGAUUAUACUGUAAAUAGACCUCACCAUAUUAGUUGUAAGAUCAAAUCCAAUGAUUGAUGUGGAAAUCAAAUUUUCUAAACGGAGCAAUCAUUAGGAUUCGUAAACAAAAUUAGUAUAAUACUUGAUAUUAAUAUAACUUUAUAAA